UAGGGCGGAUGAGCAGCUCGACUCAACCGUAUUUACACGAAGAAGCGCAGAAUCAAAACACUGGAAAUUUGACAGCCCGUUCCCACAAGGGUCUUGUGAAAUUCUUGUUAAAAGAGCCGCUACCAAGGUCUAAAAUAAACUGCAACAUGCAGUUGACAUAUUUAUAAACUAGAUCCACAUUUCGACCGAACUGUCGAGGAAUGCUAACCCGAGGAAAGAGCCGCUUUGGCGGGUUUGUCGGUGCAGCAGCUUGUUAGCUGAUUAGCUUCUCUGGAUGAGAGGAGCAGCUCCGUUUGGAUCUAUGGGCUGAACAUGACCAUAUAUAGCCCGGCCACGGAGCUCCUGCGCUGCUGAACUGUAAAGUCUUUCUGGAAGCUGUCUCCAACAUGUCCUCAGACCAAAUCGCCAUCGUGGUGGACGACAGGACCUACGAGGUGAACAAAAAUAAGUUGAUCGAGAAAAGCGAUUAUUUCCGAGCGCUUUACAACUCCGGGAUGAGGGAGUCUACUGAGGACUCUGUGCAGCUCCAGGGGCUCAGCGUUACGGGCCUGGAGCUGGUUCUGGAGUUCAUCAACACCUCCAAAGUCCAGGUGGUCAAUGAGACCCUGGAAGAUCUGAUAGAGACCGCCUCCUUUCUACAAGUCACCUCCAUCCUCAAGCUGCUGACCUCAGAGAUCCGGCUGGACAACUGCGUGGAGCUCUACAGCCUCUCUGAAGUCUACGGUACUCAUGACCUGCGAACCGCCUGUCUGAAGUACAUGAGCUGCUACUAUCACCCCAUGCUGAGGCGGCCUGAGUUCAGUAGCCUGCUUUCCGCUGUCAGGGACCAGGUCAAAGAGAUGCGCAUGAAAGGGACCGCCACCCUGGUGGCCAUCGGAGACUUCACCUGUCUGUCGCUGGACGGUCCUGAUCAGGACGAGCCCUGGUCCAUGCUGAGGUAUGGAGAGGUGGAGCAGCGCUGGAAACCACUGGCCAACAACCUGCCACCAGACAUGGUUAACGUGAGAGGGUAUGGGUCUGCUGUCCUGGACAACUACCUGUUCAUAGUGGGGGGGUACAGGACGACCAGUCAGGAGAUCUCUGCUGUGCACUGCUACAACCCCUGCAGGAACGAGUGGAACCAGGUGGCUCCGCUCAAUCAGAAGAGGUCCAACUUCAAGCUGCUGGCAGUGCAAGGGAAGCUGUUUGCCGUGGGAGGCCAGUGUCUCGGCACUGUGGAGUGUUACAGUCCAGAACAGGACUGGUGGACGUGUGUGUCUUCGAUGCCUGACCCGCUGGCUGAGUUCUCGGCCUGUGAGUGCCGGGGUUUGAUCUACGUCAUGGGUGGAUACACUGCCAGAGACAGGAACACCAACGUUCUGCGCUACUGCCCCACGUCCGACUCCUGGGCUGUGCUCCGGACCUGCUCGGCUCACAUCCGUAAGCAGCAGAUGCUCUCGGUGGAAGACACCAUCUACCUGGUGGGCGGCUACACCCACAAGCUGCAGGUGGGCCGGCGGCAGUGGCGUCCCAGCCAGCCAGAGGACGCUCUGACGGUGCAGUCCUACAACGUCACCACGGGGGAGUGGAUCCAGCUGAAGGAGAACACGUCUAAGUCGGGCCUGAACCUGACGUGCACGCUGCACAACGACGGCAUCUACAUCAUGAGCCGCGACGUGAGCCUGCCCACCAGCCUGGAACACCGCGUCUUUCUGAAAUACAACAUAUUCUCCGAUGGCUGGGAGGCCUUCCGGUGCUUCCCUGCUUUGGGACAGAACAUGCUGCUCUGUUCGCUUUACCUCCCCAACACGCUGUGACCGACCUGCCUGUUGCUGCUCUAACUGGGGCCGUCACGUCAGCAGGAACAGGGUCGCGGAACCCGCACGCCUCCAAACAAACACCCUGCGUUUUACACUCUGCUGUGAAUGUGGAUGCAGAUUAAGGAGCCGUGGAAGCGGCGAAGCGCUUUGGGCCAACAGCAGGUUUCAGUUUGUGCACCUGGAGCUAACGACAAAGUUGCACUCGUGUCUUCGAGACUCGCCACCCGGAACGCGUCUUUUAGAAAAUCCUUUCCAGAAACCUCAGAGAAGCUUAACCACCCGGAUGCAAAGAUUUAAAGAGAAGCCAGCUUUUGUCCAGAGGGUCACUGGAGUGUUUGAGCUUUCUUUAACUGGUCUGAGCAGCUCGAAGAGGAACAUUCUUGAUUUAUACUUGAGCAGCACAAACAAGAACAGCCUAACUGCCUGCCUGCUUUUAAAGGGCCUAAACAUUCCCGAUGUUUACACUCCAAACACAGCAGUAAUGCGCAUGUUUAUCCUUUAAUCACUACAGACCUCAAAGUCUCUCAGAAACAAACAGCUUCGUGUUUUCAGGCGUUGCACAGGUCACAUCAUCGAGUGACUGGUUUGAGUUUACGCUGACACGUUUGUGGGAAGUGGAAGAUACCGACUCACGGGGACCUCCGAGUCUUUAUUUUUCAGAUAUAAUAAAGUUAAAAGCACAAUUCUGUCAACUGAACAAUGCUCACGUGCCUUCUGCAGCCUCAGUGUUUAGGAGCAACUGACCAAAACUGAUGUUUUUUUUUUGCUAAAAUGUUGUUUUUACUGAUAUUAGUUUUGUUUGUGAAAAGAAAAUUGAGCGGAAAUGAACCGUGGAGUGACCUAAAGCUGUGAGUAUUUAGGUUUGAAGUGAUGGACUUGAGUUUGUUUUGGCUGGAGAUGGAGGGGAUGGCAAUAAAGACGAUGCUCAGA